UGUUGGUUAGGGGAGCGGUAUAUGAAAACAGUACGGAAGAAAGCAGAAGGGGAAUUAAUUGCUUGUAGCGUGAAAGAGACAGACUGAUCAGGAGCGAGCUUCGGCACUAGCGUAUUGUGUUUUGUUUACAAACAAAACACAGUAGACUUCCAAGAUGGCUGAAGAGUGGUUUUAGCAAGUUGGCCCACCUUAGGAUAUACUUCUAGGCGCCUUGGUGUGUAGAUGGCCUCACAGCGCAAGUACAGCUGUAUGUCUGUCCCUGGUAUUAUGCUGUCGAUUAAACACAACUCAAGAGGUUCAAAUUGUAGACAAACUGAGAAAUUUUCAUUUUGUUUGAAUAAAUAAACUGGAGAAGUGAGAUGGGGUUUGUUAGCAACAACCAUGAUCAAUGCAGUUUUUGCUCCCAUAUAUGCAAUGAAGAAUUUCAUUAUGUGAUGAUCCCCUCUCAUCAAGAGCAGUCAAAGCUAAAAACUAUCCUGCAGAAGUUAAGUAGCUUCACUUCCCAGUUGAGCAGUUAUCCUACAUGCGACAAAUGCCGUCAAGAAUUCAUAACCGUCCAUACCAUUCCCGAGAGCUGUUUCCAAAUUUUGCCCAGCACCAAACCGAUUGACAUCAAGAUGGACCCAGAGUUAAUGAUUGAUGAUAACGAGCUACCAGAUAAUGACAACAUUUUUGAGAGAGAUUCAAUAAUGGGGUUUGGACCGAUCGGACAGAAUGACGAAAUGCAAAUCAAAAGAGAAAACGGAGAAGUAUUCAUCAGCGAAAUUGACGAAUAUGACCAUUCGUCAUUAAUUUCAAAUGCUGGAACAAAUACACAAAUAACAGUUGAAUUGAGCGCCUCACAGAAGUUAGUUCACUCGCCUUCAGUACGUGAUAAAUGUAAGAAGAGCUCUGUGGAAAAAGGAAGGAUACCGUUUGAAUGUGAAAAGUGUGAAAAAAUAUUUGUUUCAAAUUACACGCUAAAAAGGCACCUUCGAAUUCAUACGGGUGAACGUCCCUAUUCGUGUCCACAUUGCCCGAAAGCGUUUAAGACUUCUUCAGCGCUCCAAGAGCAUGUUCUAACUCAUACGGGUGAACGUUCCUAUUGUUGUCCACAUUGUUCAAAAGCUUUUAAGCGAUCUUCAGCGCUCCAAGUGCACAUUCAAACUCAUUCGGAUGAACGUUCCCAUCGUUGUCCAUAUUGUCCGAAAGCGUUUAAGCUACAUACAUCACUCCAACAACACAUUGGAACUCAUUCAGUUGAACGUCCCUAUCCUUGUCCACAUUGUGAGAAUGCAUUCAGGAAACCUGAAACGCUUCGAAGGCACAUUCGAAUACAUACGGGCGAACGUCCCCACACUUGUCCACAUUGUCCGAAAGCGUUCAAACAAUAUACAACGCUCAAAUACCACAUUCGAACUCAUACGGGUGAACGUCCUUAUUCUUGUCCACAAUGUCUGAAGGCGUUUGUGAAAAAAUCAGUGCUCCGAGACCACAUUCGAACUCAUACAAACGAACGACCUUUUUCUUGUCCACAAUGUCAGAAAGCGUUUAAGCUACCUUCAACACUCAGAGAUCACAUUCGGACUCAUACGGAUGAACUUCCAAGAAAAAGUGAUUUGGAUGUGGACGAAAGUUUUAUGAAAGACCACAACCAAUUACACACAGGAAAGGAAUCAUUCAAAUGUGAAAAAUGUGAAAAACAAUUUGGCUCAAAAUAUAGGCUUAAAGUGCACAUUCGGAAUCACAUGGAUGAACGUCCCUAUUCUUGUCUACAUUGCCCAAAAAGGUUUAAGCAAAAUUCAGCACUCCAACAGCACAUGCGAACUCAUACGGAUGAACGUCCUCAUUGUUGUCCACAUUGUGAGAAGGCAUUUAAGCAACAUACAUCCCUCCAAAGACACAUUCGAAUUCAUACAAUUUUGUAAAGGUUGUUUUACUACAAUAAAUCGUUCAGCAGAAUCAUUCCUUUACAGAAGAACGGUCAAAGGAAUAACCCUGUCCACAUUGUUCCAAAACGUUGUGGAGCGAGCAACUCAGAAGCGCAGAGUAUCUUGAACGUGUAGUCACGCGUCGAGUUGUUUAUCUAAAUAAAUAUAAUAUAAUUCGAAA